AUGCUCUGCGCACCCCUCUCCUUCCCCAUACUGUUCUCCCUCUCCUCUUCCUCCUCCCCCUCCUCCCUCCCCUCCCUCCUCUCCAGAAACGGCACCGAUCCGUACCACGGCAAGUCCCUCGCGCCGUCAAACUAUACCGUCGUCACUGGCCUCUUCCGCCAAUCCGAGCCCGACUUCGAUCCCGAAGGCUACGACAUGCUGCGCGACAGCUUUGGGCUGCUCUACAAAGGCGCGGACCGCUGGCUUCGGUUCACAGAACACAUAACCCGCCUCAACAAACACGCAGACGCACACACGACCUACAAGGUCCUGUACGUCGCGCGGCACGGCGAGGGCACACACAACGUCGCUGAGGCGCACUACGGCACGCCGGCGUGGAACUGCUUCUGGUCCUUGCUCCCCGGCGACGGGGAGCUCAUGUGGGGGCCCGACCCGCCCCUCACCCCUUUGGGGCGGGAGCAGGCGCGGCGCGCCCGCGACGGAUGGAAGGCGCAGAUGGCGGACGGCGUGCCCCUCCCCCAAGUGCUGUAUUCGAGCCCGUUGAGCCGCGCCGCAGAGACGCUGCGGAUUACGUGGGCCGAUAUCCUGCUGCACAAGGGCUUCAUGCCCGUCGUGAUGGAGCAGUGGCGCGAGAACAUUGGAUUGCACACGUGCGACCAGAGGCGGAGCAAGCGCGAGAUCGCCGAGGCCUUCCCCGAAUUCACGUUCGAGCCCAGCUUCACGGAGCACGAUCCAUAUUGGGACGCGACGUAUAUCGAGACGGAGCCGCAGCGCGCCGUGCGCAUGCGCAUGGCGCUCAACGAGAUGUUUGCGCGCGACGCGCGCACGUUCAUCAGCAUCACGGCGCACUCGGGGGUCAUCCACGCGUUCUUUAAUGCCAUCGGGUUCCCCUCUUUCCAGGUGCAGACCGGCGGGUUCGUGCCCGUCGUGAUCAAGGCUGUCUCGCACCCCACUGCCACCAUGAGUGCUAUCACACGUGGUCAGAGCGGCAUCGCACCGACAUGUACUGCCGACCCGGCGCCGGCCUCGCUCAUGACGGGCAAAGCGAGCGUGCCCGUGCAGCCCACAUGGUACCCGCCAUGUGGAGAUGGAUGCACGCCCUCGGCCGUGAUUGGGACAUGGCUUUUACCCACCCCCACCUAACGUUGUACAAUAUCCAGCCGCUUCCUCUCUCCACACCGAUGCAUAUGGGCUACAAGCCAGCGGCAAGGAUACAAAGCAGACUGCGCGUUGCGCCGCCCGUAGCCCAGCUGCCGUCGAUAUGUGUGUAUAUGAACAAUGCUGCCAUCCUAGAUCUGUACACUAUCUAAUCUCUAC